AUGAGGAGACCCUACUUCGAUACAGAGAUCCAAGAUCUGUAUCGGGAAAUCGGGCUUACUUUCGAAUCCAUCGAAAUGUCCGAGAUCUUCAGCCCGGAGCGCUACGCCGCUGCCCCGCCGCACUUUGAACACCGCUCCUGGCGCCUCGAUCGAGGCACAGAGCCUUUGCUCUCUCAGCAAGGUCGCGGCGAUGCUCAGCCGGCUCCACACUGCCUCCGCUGGGCCCAAGAGUACUGUAGUCGUGCAUGCGCGCUUGCCUGGCUGCCUCAGAGUCGCAGCAUCGCUCACGCUGGACUCGAGUCCGAGACAAGCAAGGGCGCUUCGACGGAUGCCGUGGAUCAAUUCACAGUUCAACACCCUUCGUCGUCGACCUUUCAUUCCAUUGUUCGUCACUUCGAAUCGCAAAAGCAUCUACAGCUCGCGAUCCGCAUUCGACAGAAAGCAUCCGCCCCUUCGUCACAACACGCAGCAUCCAUCAUGACCACAGCACAAGUCGCACAAUCGUCCAAACAGGCCGAGCAGGAGGCGCAGAUCCGCGCCGUGAUUGCCAACCUCGAGGCGAUCAACCGCAAGCUCGGCGAGGCCGACCCGACCGAGAUCAUCGAGUGGGCCAUCGACAACUUGCCCGGUCUCUACCAGACCACGGCGUUCGGCAUCACCGGCUGCAUCACCGUCGACAUGAUUGCGCGCAUCAGCGAGCAGCGCGCCGCCAAGCAGUCCCGUCCCAACCACCACCUCGUGCCGCUCAUCUUUGUCGACACGCUCUACCACUUCCCCCAGACGCUCGACCUCGCCCAGAAGGCCGCCAAGCACUACAACGCCGAGAUGCACGUCUACUACCCACCGGGCACCACCACCGUGCGCGAGUUCGAGGAUAAGUGGGGCACACAACUGUGGGAGAAGGACGAAGACACAUACGACUACCUCGUGAAGGUCGAGCCUGCGCGUCGUGCGUACGAGGAGCUCGGCGUGCGCGCCGUCUUCACGGGACGUCGUCGGUCGCAAGGCGCUGACCGCGCCUCGCUCAACGCGGUCGAGGUGGACGAGACGGGCCUCAUCAAGGUCAACGCGCUGAUGAACUGGUCGUUCGGUCAGGUGGAUGCGUACGCCAAGGCCAACGCCGUGCCGUACAACGAGCUGCUCGAUCUGGGCUACAAGUCGAUUGGCGACUGGCACUCGACUGCGCUGCCAGGCUCCGGCGACUCUGGCGAGCGUGCAGGCAGGUGGAAGGACAAGGCGGGCAAGACCGAAUGCGGUCUGCACAAGGACUACUUCAAGAUGAAGAACCUCGCCGAGAAGAAGCUGCGUGAAGCCGAGCUCGCCCGCAAGGACGAGGCGCGCGACAAAGCGGCCGCCUCUGCCCAAGCCGAGGCCCUCUCCACCCGCGCAUGA